ACACUCCCACAUCUGCACGGUCAGGUCGGAGGGAGGGGAGGAAGGCGGAUCUGUCAGUCCAGACUCCAGGACUUCCUCAGCAGAGCUAAAGCAGAGCCAACAGCGCAGUGAUGGACUAACGGCCUAAAGCAUCAGUAUUAAUCUCUCUGUCAGAUCAUGGAGGAAUCUGCCCCCCGUCAGGGCCGCUCUGUGUUUGUGGGGCUGGUCGGAGCUUCGCAGGUUCUGGGCCUGGCGUCGGUGGUGCUGACGGGUGUGUGGAUGGGUCACUACCGCCAGGGUUUUGCCUGGAACGGCUCGGCGCAGGAGUUCAACGUGCACCCUCUGUGCAUGGUGCUGGGCCUGGUCUUCCUGCAUGGUGAUGCCAUCCUGGUCUACAGAGUGUUCCGUAACGAGGCGAAGCGGAACGUGAAGCUGCUUCACGGCAUCAUUCACCUGCUCGCCCUCAUCAUCAGCAUCAUCGGUUUUGUAGCUGUGUUCGACUACCACAGAGCAGCUAAGAUUCCAGACAUGUACUCUCUACACAGCUGGUGCGGCAUGGCCACCUUAGUGCUGUUCUGCAUACAGUGGGUGAUGGGUUUGCUGUUCUUCCUGUUUCCUGUCGCGUCGUCAGGGUUACGAGCCGCGUACCUCCCCGUCCAUGUGUUCUGUGGCCUGGUUCUGCUGGUGAUGGCCAUAGGAACCAGCCUGAUGGGCAUCACAGAGAAACUCCUCUUCAGCAUCAUGCCGACUUACUCUCAGUUCACCCCAGAGGGAGUGCUGGCCAACGUCUUGGGGCUCCUGCUGGUUUUGUUCGGCGUGCUGCUGGGUUAUUUGAUCACCAGGGAGGAGUACAAGCGUCCGCCAAACCCAGAGGAAGAAUCUCUGUCCGUCCACUUCAAGACCCUGACCGAGGGAGGCUCACCAACCUCACCCUGAAGCCUCCCCUUCAUCUGGACGCCAUCAGUGUCCUGUUAACCGACUGUUGUUUCAACAUUCUCUAUUACUACCUACCUAAACAGUCAUCACUUUAAAGGCCAGUGAUGAUGAAUGUGCUUAGAAAAGUCAAAAACUACUGGACAGAAAGCUGUAAUGACAAUCUCUCUGCAGUUAACACAGAACGUUCCCAUUUGAAUAGCUACACCCAAACUUAUUUCCUUAUACUUUUGCGAAAGAGUUUAAAUUUUAUCUAGAAGUAGCUUUGAGUCUGGUAGCUGCAUUUAUCCUGAAAGACCUAACAUUUACAGAAAGCCGCUCUAAAGCUAGAUUCCUUCUUUCUGCAGAUUUUGACAAGAGUCUGGUUUAUAUCUUCCACUAACAGGAAGUUACUUCCAUCAAAACAUAUAAUACUGUGAUGUUAGAAGUGAGAAAAAGAUCCAAGAAAGACAGUUUGAGGAAUGACGAUCUGAGAAAACAUCUGAAGUCUGCUCCUGUCCAUGAGGAUCUGAUUCAUAGUCCAACCACUGGUGUCAUUUUACUCUGAAUGCAGGAUAAGAAGACAGCCAGCUGGAUAGAUGUAAAUAAUGCUGAAUUUAAAGAAAAUCUGCUUUGUCUGAGGUUUGAAGAGGAGGGAAAUGCAUUUAACACAUUUUUAAUAACUCGGUAUGAAAACAGAACAUUUGUUUGUUCAUGAGAAAGUUCCUUCUGGCCUUUUAAGGGGAAAGUUUGAUGAAUGGAUCCUUUCAUUUCCUCUACAGUUCAUGCAGUUGAUGCCGAGUAACCGAAGCUACUAAGCCAAGAAUUUCUGAUCUAUUUAUUAAGUUGACGUGAUAAUUUAUUUCAUUAUGAUUAGAAUGUCUCCUGAAACUGCAGUUUGGUGCCAUGUAUCUUUUAAAGACAGUAGCGAUGCACUCCAUAAACUCCAUAAUGUUCUGUUCUCCAGCGUUCUCCAGCAUCUGUCUACCAGUUAGAUGUUUGUAUUUAAAGGGAAAAAAAACUGUUGUGUGUGUUUUUAGAUGUGUGUUCUUAGAGUCUGAUGCACUUUUACCUGAAGGUGUUCCGUUCAUAUCGUUGAAUGUGCUUUUUGAAUGUGCUUUUUAUUAUUUGUCUUGACUUCAGGACUCAACACUAGUGCCUAAUGGAGUUUAGACAGAUUCACAGUAGUGUGUGUUGUUUAUCGUCUUCUGGACUGUGUCUUUGUUCAUAAGGAAGUUCUGAUCUCAUCGGGACGACCUGAAAUAAAGUGUGUGAAAUGGC